AAUUAUAUGGUAACGGUCAGGGUCAACGGAAUUAUGCUAUCUAAGAUUAUCAACGGCUUCUAGAACUUUUGUAGUGCUUCUUGGGAAUACUAUAAAUCAACGUGUUAGAUUUCAAAGCAAGGCAUUUCCUCUUCAAACAUUAUUCUUGUUUUCAAGUGAUUCGUAAAGAUCCAUACCGUGUUCAUUAUAUGAUCAAGAUUAACAAGAAAGAAGAAGAAGGAGACCAGAUUUAUAAUGGCAGUGACAACGAACUUUGACGAGACUAAUACAGCACUGUUUUAUAAAGGUUUAUUCGAAUGGUGGAACGAGGAAACAGAAUACCUUUUUCAAAGGAUCCAAAGGUGGGCAACUUUAACUAGAGGAUACGAUCGAUUGAGGUCAGAAAGGUUAUCGAAGGGCCGUUUGACAAUGCACGCGGAAAGUGGAUCAAAGUGGAAUUUUUCCUCGAACAAGCAAAUAUUUCUUCGAACAAAAGAAUAUUUUAUCGAGGAAUCUUCUUGGAGUCCAUCUUUUUACAUCCUUAAAAGAAAUCAACGUAGAUCUCGUCAAGAAGAGAAAAUAAAGAUCAAUCGUAAUGCUGACAAUGUUCUUGGAUAUCGAACUAAUGAUAAUUUGGAUAGCACUUGUUUAGAAAAUUAUAGAUAUGAUAAUAGUAUUUAUUUCAAGACCAUCGGUGAAAUUAGAAAUGAUAAGAAAAAUCUUAGGGCGAUUAACGAUGAUUUUAAAAAAGAAAAUCUGUUAAUCGAUACUGAAGUAGAAGAAAAAGAAGAAGAAAAAGAAGAAGAAGAAGAAGCAGAAGAGGGAGAAGAAGAAGCAGAAGAGGAAGAAGAAGAAGCAGAAGAGAAAGAAGAAGAAGCGGAAGAAAAAGAAGAAAAAGAAAAAAAAGAAGAAGAAAAAGAAGAAGAAGAAGAGAAAGAAAAAGAAGAAGAAGAGGAAGAAGAAGAAGAAGUUAAAGAUGAGGGUAAAGAUUAUGAGCCCACGCUCGUUUAUGAUUCUAUCGGUGAUAGAUUUUAUUUCGACAAUGAUGUUUCCAAAGAUAAAUUUAAUUCUAAUCAAAACGAUGUUGGUGUUUGGCCGAUCAUUGAUUUAGCAAAUCUCGAUUUGAAUUUGAAAAUACCUAACCUGAUGUAUCAUAAAAACGAAAUUAAAUGGAUGAUCGAGACUAAUAAUAAUAAUAUGGAAAUAAUAGGAAAUAUUGAGAAUAGAAACGAUUAUGAAAAUAGAAGGUUUAAUUAUGGAUUGAAGAAUGAGUUUAGAAAGAAUCAAAAUGAAACUAAGGGAGGUUUAAUUUCAAAAUAAUUAUACCUGUAGUUAUGAUCAAAAGAUUUAUUGUUUGCUAAGAUAAUAAUGUUAGCUCAGAAAAACUUUUAAAUUAUACGAGAAAUAUAAAUUCCAUGUUUCUGUCACCACGUCAUCGUUAUUCCAUCAAUUUAAAAUAAGUAAUUAUUCAAUAUAAUUAAAAAUAGAAGAAAUUAUGGAUACAAUGUUCCAAAUUGUUUGUUAUAAUAUUCAUAACAUAUACUUAUAAAAUAUUCAUAAUAUUUAAGGUAUGUUUUUCAGAAAUAUUGGAACUAGGAUGAAUUAAUUAGCAGUGUAGCGCGAACUUUCUUGUUAAUAAUUUUUAGGGAUUAAAUGAGAAUGCAUGUAAUACAUACUUCCAUAUGUACCAUCAGUUACCUUCAUAUUAUCCGUCUUAUUAUUAUCUUCCUCCUUCUGUUUGUGCGCUUAUGUGCAUAUGUAUGCGCCAGUGAAAAAGGUGGGAAUGCAUGCUCGAUGUGUGUGUGUAAUUGUCUCUUUUAAAAAUAAAAAAGGUAUUCUUUUGCUUGUUUUCCUCUCAUCAAAGCAUAACAGACAAUUGGAUAAUACGAUGAGCUGUAUAAUUUAAUUACCUAUUUAGCUACAUCAUUUAAUUACUUGUUUAGUUCUUUUACAGAGCGAUGUACUACGUCACUGAUUUAGUUCUUUCAUAUGAACGACUAUAUUUUCCUAAAAACUUGCUCCUUAUUGGAGAACUUAAAUGAAUGAUCUAAUUAUAUUUGUAAUUAUCUAAUAAUUCUUAAUGUAUUUUUUAAACUAGUUAGUUCCGAGGAAAAUAUAUUUCUCUAGUUGUUUAUUUCUUAUUACGUAUAACUAAGUGUAAGUAUAACUAAGAAAUAAAUAUUAUAUUUCUAGUAAUAUAAUAUUUGGGAUUGUAUAAUCCGAAUGAUUUAAUUUCUUAUAAUACUUAUAUAAUACUUCUCUCAACAUUUACUUCUAAUUAUUACUUAAUAAUAGUCGAAAUUUAUUAUACUUUUUUUAGAUAUCAUUAUCUGAUCAAUCGAUCAACAUCGCUCAAAGCAUAAGUUAUAAAAUGUGUAUAAAAAUAGCUUUUUCUUUUAAAUAUAAUCUUUUAAAUUCUAUGUUCUAGGCAAUGUCAAUGUUUUCUUCACUAUUAAAAAAAUGAAUAAAUAUAAAUAAAUAAAUAUUAAAAAAGAAACAAAAAAUUCCCUUCUUGAAAAAAAGAUAAACAAGAUUCUUAAGAAGAAAAAUGAUCGAAAGGAUACAGGAUACAGACAUGGAUAUGGAAAAUAAUCGAUUAGAGAGAAUCAAAAUGAGAUAAAGAAUCAAAAAAAAAAAAAAUAAAUAAAAUAAAAUAAAAAAAAAAAUAAAAACAAAAAAUUUCCUGUAACGACAAUAUUGAUUCAAAAU